AUGUCCAUCCACAUCCACAUCCACACCCCACGCCUGUCAGCUGUCAAAUGCGAAUUGUCCACUUUUCAAUCCGGCCCUGCCCUUCUUCGCCGCGCCUUUCGGUCGUCCCGCGUUGCGUGGUCUAAACAGGCCAUCGUUCCUACGACGAGGAAGUCUCCUUGGGCUUGGGGGUCACCACCACCGCUUGACGAAGUGGUCAGGUGCCGGCGCCGUUGUCCACGACGCCAGGCCUCGAGAGUAGCCUCUGCCGCUCUCUCCGUCGAACUCUGCUGCCUGACGACGAGGAUCUGCUAUUUUGGUGGCACAUGUGUGGUGGCAAAUUUACACGGGAUGGGAAGCCGUUCGUGGGGGCCGUUGAAGGCUGAAGACGGUCAACCUGGGCACGGCCCCGUCUGGAACCCUGCGCAGACGAAGCUGUCGUCUUCGCUGCCUUUCCGAGGGCCAACAACACUGGAGCCGACCCGAGCCCCCGCCGUACAGGAGGCCAAAGAACUUGUCGUCCAUUUCACGUUUCUUUACGCUGGUUUCCAACUGGAAAUCGAGAUCUACGUUUGUGCUGUUUUCUUCUACAUUGGGCCCCAGGUGUCGAGACGACAGGCGUGGAACAGUUUCGGUCGACUACCACUGCUCGACCAACUGGCCUUCGAGGUUGCGCGGGCCCAGUUAGCUCCAGCCCCUUUGGAGCAAGGCGUUUCUACACAUGGAGGUUUCCCAAACGCUGGCACGAGCGGUCCUCCCGUGGCACGAUCUAGGAGUGUACUUAUGCAUCACGGAGAAAGCAUGCGUCGUGGUAAUGUCAGUAUCUUACCAUAG